UUCCGUUUGUGAUCGGAUAAACAACACACAGCGAAACAUAACCUCACACACUGAGAAUAGAGAAUCGAUUGACUAAUUUUGUGUAAAUUAGGGUAGGCGAAUCAUUCUCGUGAUCAAUUUAAAACAUUUAUGAGGGACAAUUAAAUUGAAUGAACUGUAAGUCGUAGAAACUGUAGAUAUUCCUUUAAAUAAAUCAAUAAAUUAAACUCAGGUCGGUUUAAAAACCCAAUUUUAAAAUGGAUAAAGAACAUUUGUAUGCCUACUUUAAAAAUAUGAUGUUAGUUUUGUUACCACCGAAGUGCUACGACGAAUUUUUUGUUAACUUCAACUUCCUUGAUGUCCCAUGUUUAAAGGCUGCGGUGAGCAAAGGCCUUGGUCUUGCAAUAGUUGCUGGUUCGUUAAUGGUGAAAUUGCCCCAGAUAAUCAAAAUUUUGCAAAACAAGAGUGCAGCUGGCCUAAGUUUCCUAAGUGUGAUACUAGACUUGUAUGCAGUCACUACUGGAGUUGCCUAUAGUUAUGCUAAAGGCUUUACUUUUAGUGCAUGGGGUGAUGCCCUAUUCUUACUCAUACAGACAACACUCAUUGCCGCAAUGGUACUUCACUUCAACUACUCGAGUAACCUAGCGGCUGUGUUUGUUGGUGUGUUCUCCAUCAUAUUGUACGCGUUGUUGGGUGGACUCACGCCCUUGGACAUAUUGUGGUCACUGCAAGCUGUUAGCGUUCCUAUCAUGUUCGCUGGAAAGAUGGUUCAAGCGUGGACUAACUACAGUAACGGUAGCACAGGACAGUUGUCAGCCAUGACCUGUGUUAUGUUGCUGUUUGGUUCGACCGCUCGUAUCUUCACCUCCAUCCAAGAGACAGGAGACCCAGUGAUCAUCGUGACCUAUGCGCUAGCAACUCUUGGCAACGCAGUGCUCGUCGGUCAGUUCAUCUACUACGGCUACAGCGGACAACAAGACUCUGUGAAGGGCAAGAAGGCGAAGAAGAAUGCUGCCAAGAAAGCUCAAUAGGAGGUGCAGCUGUGGAAGCCAUCAGAAAGGUGACUCGUCCGUCCAGCUUGCUUUCUUGCCUUUACGUUGUAAAUUAAUACAGUUUUGUUGCUGAACGCCUAUGAUUCAAAGUCAUUGAAAUAGUUUGCUCCUUAGUCUCAGAAUGAAAUAUCUAUAGGUAAUAAAUGAUAAGUUAAUAAAAUCUCAACCAAUUAGAUUGGAAAUGUUAGGCAAAUCAUGAUAGGGUCUUUUGAGGAUAAUCCUGUUCUGACCUAACAUUAGUGUUUUUUUUAUCCAAAUUUAGGUGCUUUAAUUUUAUUUUCAAAUAUUGUAGACUUUUAUUCUUAGUCAGCACGAAUGAUAAAACAUAAACAAAUAAAUAACGUAGAAAAUUAACUAUUAAUUCUCAAAUACUAGGCUGGAAAUUUACCGUUUCAGUGCAGUGGCAGAAAAACCAAGUUUACUGGUUUUCUAGUGUCAAAAAUUAGGCUUGUAGUGUUGCAAUCCAUGUACAUCGCUGGCUAACUUCACUUUUAGUUUUAAAUUCGUAUUUGAUUGUUAAAGACAAAUAUCUCUAAAGAUUUGUAUCUUCCAAAUAUUUACCAAUCACAAAACUCUUGUGUCGCUGAUGUCUUCAUUGCUUAGAUAGUAGUGAAUUAGUAGUCAUAAAGUGUAGCCCUUUUUUUAAAUGUUUUAUCCUCCUGUUACAAUUUUUAAUCUUUAUUAAAAAUUUUUUCUUGCUCUGUAGUGGUGAACGUUUAAUGUAAUGCAAAAAAUUGUAUGUACAUUGUAUAGGCAAUGUUUUACUAUUGUUCUCCAAUAUGAGAAAAGUCUUAAGGUUUUGUAGUAGUAACACUCAUUCUAAAUUCAUUUUAUCUCUAAGUAAAAAAAGGUAAUGAAGGUUUUAGAUUUUGUAUCUCGAACGAAGUUGUUCUUGCUUAAUCUGGUGAAAAUGGUUGAUCAAAGAAAUAAUAUGUAAAUUUAAAUCUCUUUAAAGAAGUUUAUAUAUAUAUAUAUAUGUCUGUGUAUUUAUCCUAAAUACUUAAUUACCUUUCUGCAGCGAAGUAUUAUAAUUACUUCCUGUUGAGACUCUCUAAUGUACAUAAACUAUAAUGUGUAAAUAUGUUUUAAUAUUUUCAUAAAUCAUCCAACUUUUAAGCUGAGUUUUUUUUUUUUUAUAUGUGUAUACAGUACAGUGUUAUUAACUCUUUCUCUUAGGAAAUAUCCUGAAGGUGUUUUAUUAACUUUUUAACAUUCCAAUAUCACCAUUAAAACUGAAACAAGAAUAUUCAGUUUCUAAUUACCAUAUAAAUACCUACAUGUUGUUUAUUGUUACUUUGUUAUAUGCAGAAAUGUGUAAAAUUAAUAAUGCAACUGAUUUAUUAUUCACAGUUAACUAUAUUCAUCUAAUAAUUGUUUCUCUUCAUAUCUUUGUGUUAUAAAACUGUACAAUGUAUUGUACCGAAGUGUAAUAUUUAUAAGUCUGAAGAUGUGCCCUUUUUUCUGGGUUCGAAUUUGUGCUCCAACUAUUUAUUAUCAAUAUCUCUGUUGAUAAUACUGUAUUUAGAGAAAAUAAUCAAAACGCACGUAAAUUAUAGUAACGUUCUAGUUGGUAUGAACUUCUAGUGAUGAAUUGAAACUUGAAAGUUUUAUGAGUUAAAUGACUCAUUGAAAUUUUGGAUUAUGUUAGUGAAAAAAAAAAAAUCUUACCCCUUUAAAACCUUGUUGCGAGUCUAGCUCAUCACGGAAUUUUGUAGUUCAUUAGCCGCACUAAUCCUGUAGUUCGUUGAAUCUCACCUGCAAGUGCUAGUGUUGCAUUCAUACUUUAGUCCACUCGUUCCGGCCGACAGUGGCAUAGUGGCUGAGUUGACUAAGGCAAGACAUGUGGAAUGAUGAGAUAAAGAAAUCAUAAAAAAUUGAUUUGUCAAUGGGUUGAAUCAUUAAAUGUUGUCACAUUGAUGAGUUAGAAUUAUCUGGUGAUUAGUUAACUGAUAUGUAGGUUAACUCUCAUGCCUUGUUCGCAAAUUGAAGCAUAGUAUUCUAGUGCAAAGAUUUUCUUAAAACCUUCCACUCCUUUGCCAUAAGCUUCCAAAAUAAUGUUAACUAUUGAUGAUUUGCUGAUCUUGUAGUUUUAGUUACAGUUUUGUAAUGGGCUUUUCUAGUGAGUUCAUGUUUUUCAUUUUUUACCUAUGGUUUAGUUAUUUUAUACCAUUCACAAACUGUUUCAAAGUUAUGUGAGGUAAAGGGGGUGGAAUCCCUUCCCCUCAAACCGCCUACAUUUUUUUUUAACCAAGUAGGAUUAGAUCCAAAAUAGCUUCCCUUUAACCCUACCUCACAUAGUGAUUUAUUACCUUUAAGUAAAUAAAUACACAAAUUAAAAAUUAAAAAAAUAUAUCAUCUGAGAAUUCCUUUUCGGGAACUCCACCCCAAAUGUUUGACCUUUUAAUGAGCUGAUAAUAUUUUGUGUCUAGGAUAAAUUUACGAGAAGACUUUUGUCUGUAAGUAAUGUAUAAAAUAUAUUUCUGUGAUUUAAAACAAUGUCGUACAAUAUUUUUGUAUGAUUGUGUCAAAAAAAUAUAAUGUUAACAGUAAAUAAUUUAAAGGUUUUUAAUUAUGUGAUCAUACCAAAGAAAUUAUGUUCAAUCAAUCUUGUAGUUUUAAAUAAAUUUCUGAUUAUGAAUUGUUUAUUAAAUACUUGGAAUUUAUUUUUAGUCUUGAAGAAUUUAUUCCAAAUUUUAAUGUGAAUGUGUGAUUUAUAGAUUUAUUUUAACGUUAUUAGUAAUUUAUCUUUAUGCAUAAAUUUAUAUUGUGCCAUUAAUUGAUGUGUU